CACCGCCCAGCGAGGCGGCGGCUGUACCUGACUGAGCUGCGGGAGUGAGGGUUUAAAGAUGGGCAGUGAGAAGGAGCAGAGUCCAGAACCACAGCUGCCUGAAGAAGGGGAAGGGGGUGAGCCUUGGCAAGUGGAUGGCUCAGAGAGUUCUCGGGUCCCAACUGGGGAAAAGAAGCAUGGGCAGGAGAACCCACUAAUGAGGCCACAAGGAACACAUUCAGAAGAGCCAUGGCAGAAAAUCAUUGCCCCAGCUGAAGGACCAGAGGACCCUAUUGCUCGUCCAAGGCCUGAGACAGAGGAGAAGCCUUUUAUAUGUGUUCAGUGUGGCAAAACCUUCACCAAUACCUCUAACCUGAGAACACACCAACGGAUCCACACUGGUGAGAAGCCUUACAAGUGUUCCGAAUGUGGCAAGAGCUUCUCCCGCAGCUCCAAUCGCAUCCGGCACGAACGGAUCCACCUGGAAGAGAAGCACUACAAAUGUCCCAAGUGUCAGGAGUGCUUUCGGCGGCGCUCAGACCUUACUACGCACCAGCAAGAUCACCUGGGCAAGCGGCCAUACCGCUGUGAUAUCUGUGGUAAGAGCUUCAGCCAGAGUGCCACACUGGCUGGGCAUUACCGGACCCACCUAGAGCCAGCGCCUUACAUCUGCUGUGAAUGUGGGAAGAGCUUCAGCAACAGCUCCAGCUUUGGAGUGCACCACCGCACCCACACAGGUGAGAGGCCAUAUGAGUGUGCUGAGUGCGGGCGGACCUUCAGCGAUAUCUCCAACUUCGGAGCACAUCAGAGGACCCACAGAGGGGAGAAGCCCUACCGGUGCUACUCUUUGUGGGAAACAUUUCUCCCGGAGCUCGAAUCUUAUCCGUCAUCAGAAAACGCACUUGGGUGAGCAGACUGGGAAAGAUUCCAGCUGAAGCGGAGCCUCAGGUAGAGAGUGGGAAAGAGAGAAUGAGAGACCCAUCCUAGUGGAGGAAGAACACCUUUAGCAUCUGCUGCUGCCACCUUGAUCUCAAGUGCUUCAUCCCACUUUGGAGGAUGGUUUCCUGUUGCCUGUAAAACCAGGAUCUCCAGGAAAUCCUGAGAAGGAACUCUGAAUAAAAAUCCUCCUAGGCAGUUUCUUGCCAUGGAAAGUCAGAGAACCCAGUCUCGGCUUCACCUUGUUGGAUGUGAAAGAAAAGUAGGGUGGGCUUCAAACAUGUUCAUGUCAUUGGGUUAGCAGUUCUCUGGAAGCACCCUGUGAAAUGGUAUCACCAUCUGAAGGACCUUCUGAUUGUCCAUGAACUGUUUAGGGUAUACUGCAAUAGGCUAGGUUCCCACCAGCUAUACCCCAACUCAAGUUGUGCUUCUGGAUUUGUAGGCUGGGAGGAGUGGCUCUCCUAAUGAAAGGGUCCUCCUUGACCUGAGAAGAAGUUUGAGGUUCUGUCUUAGGAAUGAAAGGGAAGCCCCCUAGAAUCUUCACACUCUCCCAUCUUUGUUACCUAUAUCCAUCUAUUUUCUUGUGGUGAUUAGCACUGAUUCAGUGAAAAAGACCCAUGGACCUAUUUGAGGAGGUGGGGAGUAAGGGAGAUUGUCCCAGUGCAGCCAUUCUGGAAGGGAACUGAAGUCCAAGAAAGAUAGGUGGCUGUUCUGUAAAGCUAAAAAAAGCAGGCUGAGUCUUUUUGGUGUUUGUGGAGAAGGGAGAAAAGAAAGGAACUAACAUCGAUUGAACAUUCACUAUAUGCUAUUGUUUCUGCCAGUUACAUUGACAUUCUUCAUCUCAUUUAGUUGUCAGCAGUCCUCAAGGGUAUAUAAGAUGAGGAGACAGAAGAAAGGUGGCUCCCUGCCGAUGCUUUUUUUUUUUUUUUUCCCCAUUACAUUCCCCUUGCUGGCCUCUGAAGGAGGAACCAUGUAGGAGAUAAGCCUGGAGAUGGGAGCUAGUGUGGCCUUGUGAUAUGGCUCUGGACUGUUCACUGUAUGGGAAGUCAGUACCAAGCAGGAAACUCUCUUCAGCUUUACUCUUUUUUUUUUUUUUUUUUUUUUCCUUUUGCGGUGCUGGGGAUUGAACCCAGGGCCUUGUGCAUGCAAAGCAAGCACUGUACCAACUGAGCUAUAUCCUUAGCCCCCUUUUCAACUUUAGAUUAAUUGAGGAUGUCUUCUGUUGCUAGGAAAAAUGACAGUGGCAGGGGUAGAGGGUAAAAGAUGUGAUAAGAUGAGAAAAAUCUUAAGACCCAUAAGAAGAGUGUGCCAUUAAUAGCAAUAAUUUAUUCCCCAAGCUUAGGAAUACAGGGAAUUAUGCUUGGUUUCCUGGGCUUCUAGUUUAGGUCUGGCCUCACAUGAAAGUUAGUGUUCAUCCAGCUUUCCUCUAACAAACACACAACACCCCUAUCUUGCUUUUUCCCCUGGGAAUUGAACCCAGAACCUCACUCAUGCCGGGCAAGUGCUCUACCACUGAAUUAUACCCCAGCCCCCAGACAUCCCUUUUUGUCUCUAGUCAGUUUGGGUCCCUGCCUUCCAGAGUAAGGGUUCCUCUCAUUUGUAGCUAACUGGCAGAAUGUGAAUCUGUUGAAACUGAUACCACCCAUGUCCUGACCUAUCAGAUGGGGUCCCUGCCACUUGUUCAGGGAGGGAUAUGCCAGAACUUUAUGGUCAUCAUUUUAUUGAAUUCUCAACCUCAAAAGAAUUAUCCACAUUUGACAUAUGUGAAAACAGGUGGAUAGAAAGUGACUUCCCAAGAUAACAAAGCAAGUAAAUGUCAGGGCCAAGAACUAAAUCUAAUUCUACCCAAAGCCUGUGAUUUUUUUAAGCUAUAGGGAACUUCCCAAAUAAUUAUUCUACAUUUGUAGGGUGAUUUACAGUUUACAAAACACUUUUCAUUGCAUACACAUUUACUUUUGGAAAAUCUACACAUAUUAUUUAAAACAAGUCACCUAAACUUAGACAUGUAAAUUGGCACAUACCCUAAUAAUAAAAGUCACCAUCUAUCAAAUGCC